AGCUUCUGAUGGACCUUCUCUCUCCUUGGCUUAGAUUCCAGCAGAGUUCCUCUGUCUCGUCUUGUAGCUGAUUGAAGGUGCCCCCUUCUUUUUUCUUCAUCUCCUGGGAGGUAGCAGGAAUUGGCAUUAUGGUUGGGUUCAAGGCCACAGAUGUGCCCCCUACUGCCACUGUGAAGUUCCUGGGGGCUGGCACAGCUGCCUGCAUUGCAGAUCUCAUCACCUUUCCCCUGGAUACUGCUAAAGUUCGGCUGCAGAUCCAAGGAGAAAGGCAGGGGCCAGUGCAGGCUGCGGCCAGUGCCCAGUACCGUGGGGUGCUGGGCACCAUCCUGACCAUGGUGCGCACCGAGGGCCCCCGCAGCCUCUACAAAGGGCUGGUCGCCGGCCUGCAGCGCCAGAUGAGCUUUGCCUCCAUCCGCAUCGGCCUCUACGACUCUGUCAAGCAGUUCUACACCAAGGGCUCUGAGCAUGCCGGCAUCGGGAGCCACCUCCUGGCAGGCAGCACCACAGGUGCCUUGGCUGUGGCCGUGGCCCAGCCAACGGAUGUGGUAAAGGUCCGAUUCCAGGCGCACGCCCAGGCUGGAGGUGGCCGGAGGUACCAAAGCACCAUUGAGGCCUACAAGACCAUUGCCCGAGAGGAGGGGUUUCGGGGACUCUGGAAAGGGACCUCUCCCAAUGUCGCUCGUAAUGCUGUUGUCAACUGUGCUGAGCUGGUGACCUACGACCUCAUCAAGGACACUCUCCUGAAGGCCAACCUAAUGACAGAUGACCUCCCUUGCCACUUCACUUCCGCUUUCGGGGCGGGCUUCUGCACCACCAUCAUCUCCUCCCCUGUCGACGUGGUCAAGACGAGAUACAUGAACUCUGCCCUAUGCCAGUACCGCAGUGCUGGCCACUGCGCCCUCACCAUGCUCCAGAAGGAGGGUCCCCAAGCCUUCUACAAAGGGUUCAUGCCCUCCUUUCUCCGAUUGGGUUCCUGGAACGUGGUGAUGUUCGUCACCUAUGAACAGCUAAAACGGGCCCUCGUGGCUGCCUGUGCUUCCCGGGAUGCUCCCUUUUGAGCCCCCCCUGCUGAUCACCUCUGGCUUUGGCUGCAGCCUGGACCUGCUUCCCUUUUCCUCCUCCCCUCAUUCCCUUCCCUCUCUCCCCACCCCUUCCCUCUCUCCCCACCCCUUCCCUCUGCUCCCUUUCCCACCACCUCCCUUCCCUCUCCCCACAUUUUCACCCCUCAGCUCCCCGUUGCCUCUCACAGUCCUGAUGGAGUUGACCCCAGCUGACACUGUGGGAAGCCUGGACAAGCCAGCAUCUCAAGCCCUCAGUCCCUUGAGAAGUUCAGCCUGACUCUUCGUCCUGCCUCCUGCCCCUGAGCCCGACUAGCACAUCACCCAUAAAACAAGCUCAACCUUG